AUGGGAAGUAUUUGUAAAUAAUAAGCUCAAUAAUUAAUUGAAAUUCAAAACGAAGUUAAGUUUUCUAAAAGCUCAGAGAAAAAAGACUUAGUAAAACGAAAUACUGAAACUUCAGGGGGAACUUAAUAAUAAAACAGCACUAAAUAAUUUUCUGUUAAGAAAGAUCCAUUGUCUAGUUAUAUGAAUGAAAGUUUGAGUGAUUCUGAUUCGGAUUCUUCACAAAGCAAACCAAAUCAACAAGUUUUCACUAAUUUCGUAACGUUUUAAGCACUCCCUUCGCAAAAAUAAAUGAUACCCAAAUUUGAAGUGCUAAAGGAUUAGUUUAAAAAUGAAAUGCUUUAAUAAAUGAAUUUGUAGCAUCAGAGAAAACAAUUUUGA